UAUAAGGUGUGUAAAAAAAAUGUGUGCAAUGAUCUCUGUUUUCGUCCAGAUCUCAAACAAGUUUCAGACAAAAUGAAUGAGGAAACGUCUCAGCAAAUAGUGAAACAAAUGUACAAAACGUUGAUAGAAAGCUUGACAUUGGACACCCGACUGAACAUCGAGGCUGUACCGUCCUACGCCAUUGAGAUCCUCUCAAAGAUCAGCCCACGUUCCAGGAAAACCUAUGACGGUUCAGCUAUUUUCAUCCCCGAUGCCAUCGAGGGCGCCCGUGUGUUGGACAUUGGCUGUGGAGGUGGAAGUCUGUCUUUUGUUUUGUCCAAGCUCGUUGGUCCAGCUGGAUACGUCGUUGGAGUUGAUUUUUCUGAAGACUUCAUCCAACUCUGCCAAGAAGAGACAGCCUACCACAUGAAGGAAUGGGGCUACAGUAAACCCAACUGUGAGUUUAUAUGCUCGGAUGUCGAGAAGUUACUGGACUUUCAACUUGAGCCCUUUGAUGUGAUCGUUUCAAAUGGACUCAUGUGUUUGGUUCACAACAAGGGGAAAGUAAUUCAGAUUAUUUCUCGUUUACUGAAGGAAGGUGGAGAAUUCUACAACAGUGAUAUCUUCUCUGAUACUAAGCAGUGUGAGGAGGUCAAAGCGACUCCACUUUUUUGUUGCUACGGACUCAGUGGUGCCAUGGUGUGGUCUGACCUGAAAGAGUUGACAGGCCCAUAUGGGUUCUCAGACCCUUACCUGUUGUACGCCGCUGACACCUUCCAGUUUGGCACCGAGAAAAACAAGCUGGAUCUAAGAGGAGUUAGCUACGUGUGUGCUGUAUACAGACUCAUAAAGCUAGUCCCCGAAAGUACUGGACAAGGAGCCAUAGUGUCCUACAAUGGGAACUAUGAAAAAAGCCAGGACUUUUUAAAAUGGGAUGUUGAUACGAUAUUCAAGAAAGAUGUCCCUAUAAAGAUUGAUGGAUAUUUUGCAAGCCUCUUGGCUAAAACCAAAUUCGCAAGAUUUUUUACUUUUGAAAAAUAUGAAGGGCAGCUUAUUUCAAAGAGGAACCAGAAUCCAUUCUCCUAUUUAAAAGAAUUGCGUGAAAGUGGAUCAGCCUAUCCAAAACCAAUUUUUCCUAUGGAUGAAGAACACAAUAAAUAUUAUGAAGAUGCAAUUAAAAGCGUGAUUUGAGAAAACUUGAUGUUAUGAAAUUUCCUUCAAGUUUCGUAGUUAAUAUUUCCUGAUCUUUCUUCUUUAUAUGGGAGACGACUCGAAAUUAAUGUGAAUUUUAUAUUUUCUUAAUUUAGCCUAUCUUUCAAUUUAUUUAAAUACAUAUUAACCAUAAUGCAUUUACUGUUUUUAGUUUUAAUAUAACACAAUGUUUUGAUGUUCUUCUACGCAAAAUGUACGAGAUAAAAUUAUACUUAAAUAUCACUUCACAUCAUUUUCGAUUUUAUUUUUGUUGAAUAAA